AUGGCUUCCUGUGAUGUAAAAACAGUUGUUCCGUGUCACUCUUCUCAAAUCCCUGAUCCAAGAAGUGGUCAUAGAUGUGCGGCUGACGAUGGAAAUAUCUAUGUAUUUGGUGGUUACUCUCCGCACUUCGCUGAUAACCUAUUUCGGGAGUUGUGGCGAUUCAAUAUUGCUACUAAAACGUGGCACUUUCUUGAAACCACUGGUCCCUUUCCAAACGAAGUUGCGUCAAGUUGCGUUGUUUUACACAGAGGAAAUCUGAUUGUUUUUGGCGGGUCUGGAGUGCCUUUUGGUUUGUGUAAUAGCAAAAAGCUUCAUAUUUGUUUCCUGAAAAAACGUCAUUGGUUUGAUCUCUCAGAAAGGUAUUCUGAAAAGGCGGAAAGUGAUGGAGAGGAUAUUUCGCCGAUAGCUGGUUAUGGACAGAGUAUGGUUUUGUCCUCCGACAAAGAUCUUUAUGUUUUCGGAGGAACAACAGGUCUGGAGUUUAACUCAUAUUUGUAUCGUUAUAGCUUACUGAAACACACAUGGGAUUACGUUAGGUGUGAAAAUCCACCGAUUCCACGAUAUCGACAUGAAUCUGUUUGCGAUCACGAAAGGUUUUAUGUUAUCGGCGGUGGAAUGACAAGUCGAGAUCCCGUGGAAUUUUUCCAACUCGACAAGAUUCAGUCAUUCUGUUUUGGUAGCAAGCGAUGGAACGACCAUGUUUGCUACCCCUGCAAAACUCAUGGCUUCCCAAAGCGGAGAAGAUGUCAUGGUUGUGUGAUUUUUAAUUCGAUUGUUUACAUAUGCGGUGGUUAUGAUGGAGUUAACAUAUUUGAUGAUAUAUGGAGUCUGAAUCUGUCAACUUUUCAGUGGAAAAAACUACCGCAGGUAUUUAUGAAAAGCAAAUUUGAAUGACUUGUGGUCCAUCCCCUUCGCAAUCAAAAGAUUGUAAGGUUCCAUUGUACCUAACAUGCAACAUGAUUCCAGUUUAGAUGUCCAAGGCAGAUAGAGAAGACAAGUGAAUGCCAGUAAUACUUACCACAAGCCAGGAAUGGCCAUGUAUUGAUAUUGGUCAAAUUAGAAUUAUAACAGUAUUUGGGAAUCAUAGCACACACAUGCGAUACAUUGGAUCGUUGCCCUCAACCAUAAUUUGUUUGGCUAGCUUAGUCUGUGGGGAUCAUUAGGGCCUGCUGAAAACCAACCAAUAUCUAUGAAAACAAUAGAACCAUAGACUGCACUGAUCAAAAAGGGCCAAUUCAUAACUUCCACUUUAGAUUUUAAUUUCAUUACUUAAGUCCUGGUAACUGAUUUAGAACUUUUCAGAAGUUCUACCUUUUUACAGUUAGGCUAGUACAGGAAACUAGAAACCCACUGUUUCAUUUUUGAUAAAAACUGAAAAUGAAGUAUUCAAACAGGAAAAGCUUUUUUUUUGCCAUUAUGACAAUUUUAAGAACAAAAUUUUUCAUUCCCCCUCUAAGCAAAGAAAACCACGAAGGAAAUAUAGCUUGAAGGAGCUUGAAGUUUGAAAUUUAAUUUGCCUCUGAAAACUGGUUAUCGUUUGGUUUUAGGAUGUUAUUUGCACUUACAGGUAGUAUUGGUUUAUCGGCAUGCAGAUUCUCGAUAGCCUGUGAGCAGGCUUACUUGUAUGAGUUCAGGGAAAAUGUUUUGAGGCGCACAAGAAGAAUUGGGUGAGGAAAAGUUUUUCCUUGCCCCAUUAUUCUCACGCCCUGAAGGCUCCGUGGUCAAAAAAUUUUCGCUAAACUUGCACAAGUGAGCUCUCUGGCAGGCUAGAUUCUGGAGAGGUUUAGAUCUUUAGUAUGGAAUAUUUUGGAUCGAAAAGCAAAAGCAGACCUCACUCAUACAGAAAGCUACAGUUUUAUGAGAGGGAGUUUUAUUCGCAGGCUAGUUCAUCUAGGCCCAAUUGCCAAUUUGCUAGUCCAACAUGCAUUUUCAAGAAUAGGCACUUUAACAGCUGUACCAGUAAAAUAUGAAGCUAAACCUCAGAAAACAUAUCCCUGUUUGAACGAUCCCAUUCCUUGCACAUUGCUAAUUUGAACUAUAUGAUGCCAUAAGGCUAACCAGCCAUUAGAUACAAAGAAACAACAACAAACAAGAUACAGAAGAUCUGUUCUGCCUUUGAACAGUCAGAUGUCUCCUGUUUCCUAUGCCUUUAGUUUUUCACUUUAAUUUGUACCUUUUUGUCCCACAGGUUCUUCCUUAUCCAGUUUACUUUCACUCAGCUACAGUGACACCAUCAGGCUGUAUGUAUGUGUUCGGUGGCGUCAAGACUCUUAAUUCCAAUGAUGACACCAGAUCAAAUGACAUUUUUAAACUAUGGUUGACACUUCCCUCCCUUGCUGAGAGGUCUUGGGAAGCUGUGACUGAUUGCUUUCGCAACAAAAUAAUAAUCAUCCCUGAUGUAAUUGACCUGGGCAUUCCACAGCACUUUUUGGAAAGAUUAAAGUAAUUAAUACUAACAAUUUAGGUUAUUAACCCUUAAGUCCCAAUAGUGACCAACAAUAAUUUUCUCCUAACAAUAUCCACAUGUUGCCAAGAGGAAUGGUUAUGAGAGUCAAUAAAAUGAUCACUAAAGAGAAAAUGCUUUGAUCUGUUAUUAAACUCUCUCAACUAAUUCUUUAAAGAAAUGUAUGAAGAUCAGUAUGGAGAAUUUAUAUGUGGACAUUGGGGCUUAAAGGGUUAUGAUCAGUGUUUGAAUCAAGUCAGCUAGGUAGUAAUGUAUCAAAGUAGCCC